AACCCCAAGGGAUCCAAUUGGAGCCCGACAAAGCUUUCACAAUCAAGAUUUAGGAGAAGCCCUAUUAGGGUUUUUAGGGUUCUAAAUAAUCUCAGAAGUUCUUUUCGCGCGAAAAUAUGGAUCACAAUGGUCAGAGAGGUCCAUCAACACCGUCAGCGAUGCUGGCUUCUUUGCUUAGUAGAAGAGCUAAACAUCAAGAAGAGCAUCGAAAUAUCGAGAGACAAGUGUAUGACAUGGAGACGAGUUAUUUGCAGGAUCCGGGCCAGUGCGGCAAUGUUUUGAAAGGUUUUGAGGGGUUCCUCUCUUCAUCUAAUAAGACACUGCCCUCUCGAAGCGAUCCCAGAAGUUCCAACCUGAAGAUAGGCUAUUCUAUUAUCUUCAGUCUUCUCCUGCAGCUGAAGAGAUUGCUGCUGCUAGAGAUGGGGAGCCUGUAAUUUGCAGAGGGAAAACCGAAAAGGGGAAGAGGUCGAGAAGCAAAGAGAAUGAGACACCCCGGUGAACCAGAUUUUGACUAUGAUGAUGAUCCCGAUGUGACAUUGUGAAAUCACUCGGAUCUAAUGCAGUGCUUGUUGGGCUUGCCUUAAUAUCUUCAAGCUUUAAUGCCCAUCUUCGUCUCAAAGCAACCAGCGAUGAGAA